CUCAAAUAUCUUUGUACAAACUUGGUUCUAUGAUUUUGUGCAUGAUGGUGUAUCCGUUGUACUCACCUCCGUCUACCUGGCUUGUCUUCCCUUCUAGCGUCUCGUGUCGCAUGUCCCUUCUGCGCUUACCACUUCAAAAAGCCUCGACGCACGAGUUUCUUCGCUAAAAGCAACCCGCAGGGUUCCGUCUGCGGAUCGGUAGUCGUGUGCUUUCUUCUGGAUAAUCUUUCUGGCUCAUUUUCGUCAGUUGCCUCGUGACGUUUCACGACCGUCCGUUAUGUUCGCGCGGCGCAGCGACACGAGGAUCUGCCGUCGCCCUUCUGUUCUUUUCGGGUUCACUGUGUCUACCCGUUCUCGUUUUGCGGCGGCUCUUUCCUCGCUUUUAAUUAGCACAUGGCUCUCGGCGGUCUCGUCCCGCUUAUCCACCAGGACGAGUGUCUCCGGAAACAGCGACUGCUGAAGUUGCUCGCCUUCAUCCUUCUCACGCCCCGGCGCUUCUCUUCCGUUUCCAGACAGCCUUUCGCCGUCGGUCCUUUGCCACCCUACCUUUCCCACGUGAGAAUUAGUUUCCAGUCCGAAGUGUGCUGCGGCCGUGAUCUCAUUGGAGUGGCCAGUCGUCUCUGUUUUGUUUCCCCCGGUAUUUCAGAAAAUUCUGUAUUUUGAAUCUGUUUCGGGCUCCUGAUCAAUAUGGAGAGGUUUUCUGGCUUGAAAACAACUGCAGCUUCGACCCACUUGGCAGAUUUCCAUGCACCCAGGCGGGAGCAACCCGCCUCUCACCUUCGCCCUUGAGCGUCUUUGCAGAAAUGGCGGCGACAGCUCCGGCCCUGUCGCCUGCCGGUCCAAGUCGUUUUCUGCGUUUCUUCUGUUUGUAUUUCCUCUUUGCUCGCGCUAGAUUCGCGCCGCGCGUCGCCUCGACAGCCUUGACACUCACCUCGCCGUUUCGGAGACGGAAAGGUCGCUGCUGCACGCGAACUCCCAGUCUGCUUUUUUCCCCAAGGCCAAAUUCAGAUUCGUGGAAACCAAAUCUCCGGUCUUCUGCGGAAGCUAGCUUGAAGAUUCUCACUAUGUGAAUCUGCGACAGUGUGUCGGUUACAACCAGGACACGCGCAGCUUGCGGCGUCUGAGACUCUGUGAAGCCCUUCAUCCCUGGGCCGCGUGCUGUUUGUACAGCCCACCCAUCGCUGGACAUCCGCAGGACUUCCCUCUUCGAGUUUCCGUCUGAAACUCAAGCUCUUGAGCUCGAGUCAGUUUUCAAGUCUUCUGGAGGGAGAGCACGGUGUGAGGCGAUGCCCUUUCUGACAUCUCGCUGCGUGUUCCUUCACUCGCGAACCGGGUUUCCGCGGAGCCUGUUGAGUCGGCUUCUCGCGCAGCUGUCUCCGCCCUGGGUGCACGGUUUUGGCCAGGGGCAGAUGCGUUUUCUCGCAUUUUCUCCCAUUUCAAGUGUUCGUUUUUAGAACAUCGUCCAGCGAGACGCCAGCUUCCGAUGUCUCUGCUCGCGACCGCCUCAGAAUCGAGGUCGGGUGUAUCAGCAAGCGCCCACCUCCGAACGGGGUUGUCUUCCGAGUUCUCUCUUCGUGGCUGUUGGCGUUUCACCACUUGGUGUCCGCAUCGAGGCACUCAUCUUUGAUAAGUGCAAGUAUCGCGCCGGCGAGCGCAGCCUCUCUGCUGCGCUCCUCUUCGCUUCCCCGUCCCUCGUACCGGGGCUGCUUGCUUUUAAAGUUUCUCUGGCGACGAAGGCUGGCGAGAGGGCUCUCCUGGAGAGAGACAGUGGUGUGCCUGUGUCCUCUUUACAUUUACAUAGCCUUGUAUUCCUCACGCCCCCUCUACUUUCUUUUCCCCCCCUCCCCCCUUUGCUUUCGUAGCGCUCUCUUCAAUUUGCUUGGGAUUCAAAAAUCCCUGGACGCGCUUUGGCGUGAGUGCCGUCGUGCAUGCACUGUGCCGCGGAGAUCUGUUUCACAAACAUGUCUGCGUCGUCCGUUCCGUCUUCGACCCAGGACGUUCCGUCUGUCAAUCUACCUUUCACCCCCUCUCCUGCCCUGUCUCCAGCUUCGAGUCUCUCUGCUGUGCCUCCUGUCCCCUCUCAGUCGCUCGCAUCGAGCCCGCGGCGAUGUGCGCCGCUUGAGGGAGCGCCCGGAGGGACAGAGACAGGCAGGUGGGGCGAGGCCCAGAAGGGAGACAAGGAAGAGUUAGGGCACCCAGGCGCAGAGCGAGAACCUGGGCGAGGAGAGACAGGGCAAGGGGGUGAGAUACGCGCAGGAGGCGAAGUCGAGGACGAGAGGCUGUCGGCUGUCGAGGCGAAGGAGGCAGGAGGUGUUGAUGUCGGCGCCAUUGGUCACGAACACAGCGAGGAAGCGAACAAGGCCGGAGAGACCUUGCCUGGAGUUGCUUCUCUCAGUGAGGGGCAGACCUAUGGGGGGCUUGGGUACGCUGUAGAAACGAGUAGAGAAACUGCAACGAGGACGCGAAACACACAGAAUGAAAUGGAGAGCGCCACAGACACACCCGGACAGAAGGAUCAUCGAGAUUCUCCGAGCGCUGCGCUCACAAGAAUUCCAACUUCCAGUACAAGCACCCCCGUACACUGGACUUCGAGUGUCGCUUCUCUAUCUUCUCCCUCUGCUGUCUCGCCUGCCUCUGUCGGCUCCGAUUUCGCCGGGGGUCUCUCCAUCGAGGGAGAGAUGGCGAUGCCCGCGGGCCUCUCGGGCCUCUUCCAGAGCAAAGGGCCAAGAGUCUCCUCACCUUCAAGCUCGCUUCCGCAGGCUGAGGCAGAAGAGAGAGGAGAUCGAGGCGUCGGUGAGCUCCAGAGAGCGAUGUGGAAGGACGGAAAGUUAGAGAAGGAGCCAGAGUCGCCUGCUGCUUCUGGGGCUACUCAAAGGAGUCGCGAAGGGGGGGCGACAGCGGCGGCUCACGAAGGGAGAGAGAGAGGAGACACGGCACCAGGCGAGAAGAAAAACGAAUCACUUGCGCCGGAGGGUCUUCAUCUCCCCUCGAUGUUUGCGAUAGGCGGAGACACACGGGCAGGAGGCGAGGACGACAGAGCGCAGCUGAGAGACAAGCAUCGGUUUGGGACAAACCAGGGUGGUGCUGGCGGACAGGAAACAGACGAGUUACCACGGACAAUUGUCGAAGAGUCUCCGCUGAAGAUGGAGAUAACGGUGGAAGGCAAGAGGCGAACUGCGCCGCAGGCUUUUGAAGGGGCUACGUGUCGCCCAGAGCCUUCUGCCGAAAGGUCCCCGGCCCUGGCUUCCUCGUCUGCCUUGGCGCCUGCAGCCUCAGUUGCCUCUGUCUGUCCACAGCCAGGAGCGCCUACACGAGUCUCUUCGAGUGUCGAAGACUUGCCGCGGUCCUCGGGUCCGCCUGGACAGUCUCUCUCUGCAUGCGCUAUUACAUGUUCAUCUUCCUGUCCACCCUCUCUGUCUUUUACAUCGGCGAAUCCGACGUCUUCUUCUGUCUCUUCCGCAGCGCCAGAGCGCCCGCAGUCGGAGAUGCUGGUCACGCGCCCCUCUCACUUUGACCCCCAGCCUCUCUCUGAUCACUCUCCAUGUAUCGUUUCUCACGAAGCAGCUCAUGCUCGUCCUCUGUCUCUCGGCGUACAGUCGAGUUGUACAGCUCCUCAGUCGUCUUUCUCUCCUCUUUACUCCUCCUCUGCGGCUCCCUCCUCGGCUGUCUUUUCGUCAGUCCCGCAGGCAGUUUUCGCUGGUGAAUCACCUGCGUUUUCUCUGUCCGACUCUCCCCUUCUAGGCAGGUCGGAGAAAGAGUCGCCUCUCCCCAACAACACUCCUCAUAGCCCCGAGGUGUCUCCACCUUGUGCUGCCUCAUCAUCUGCUUCUGCCGUCUCACGCCGUUCGGGCUCUGCCUCGGUGUCUUCUUUCUCUGCGUCUUCCCCUGCUUCCUCUGCGCCUUCUUCUUCUGUCUCUGUUCUCUCUUCCGCUGUUUCUGUGUCUUCUGCGCAGCUGGAGGCGGUGUCUCUGGGGCCUGGAUUUCCACUCAGACAUCCAAGGCGAGCAGACACGCCAGACCUAACUGCGAGUGAGUCUCCGCCGGGGACGAGAAGCGCGUCUCGCAACGCGCAUGCAGCGGCGGCUUGGAUUCGCGGGAACACAGACGCUCGACCGUGUGCCUUUUUUUCGCCAGACUCUUCAUUCGAGGAACGAGAGACUGAGGAAUGCAGCCUUUCCGGCGAAGAGAGCGGGCGUCGGAACGAGAAGGCCGAGCCUGUGUCUGAGAUUCCGAUCCGCGCCGACGACGCGGAGACCGAUGCAGAAGACGCAGAAGGUGUGGGGGCCGGGGAGGAGACCCGCGGAGGCGAAGAGGCCGAGGGCGAGAAGGAGAGCGAGGAAGAGACUGGACAAUGCCGGGAGGGAGCUCAGAGGGGAGAAGUCGCUGCGCGGAAAGCCGAAGAGAGAAGGACGCACCUUCAAGAAGCACAAGGGGAAGACAGUCGAGGCGCCUGUUCCUCCUCUGAGGAGGGAGGUGUCUCUCCACGACUUGGCCGUCUCCCAGCGCUCUCUGCGGAACAAAAGGCAGGCGAGAAAACGCCUCUCAAUGCCUCCUCCACUGGCUACGCAUUGGGACUUUCUGGGAAGCCCCAAGUGGUCUCUUCGGCGUCGACGUCUGUUCCGUUUGCGGUGAGACACCAUGCACUUCCUUUCGUUUCUCGAGGGUCUGUGCCAGCGCUGCUCGUGAGUCUUGAAAAGGCCGCGAGCAUGGACGGAACAUCGAGGUCCCGAACUGAGGCCGACACGCUCGGCUACCUCUCCCUGCCUGAAGCCUCUCGGCGGCGCGUCUCCUCGCCCUCACCCAGCAGUCGCGAGGCCGUCAGCCUCCGCCAGCGAGCUCUAGAGGCGGAGCUCGAGCGCCUUUUGCAAGCAGUUCACGCAUACGACAAACGCGACGCGCAGGAGUGUGCAACAGAGGAGACGCAGGAAGCGCGAGAACCAGUGUCUGCUUCGAGACAGCCGGAGAAAGAGGAAGAAGGAGAGCAAGGACAAGGAGAGAGUGCAGAGGAGGAACGAGGAGAGACAGGAGAGGUGGAAGGCGACCUGGGUAAAAAGGGACAGAACAGAGGAGGUGAAGGGGACGCUGACGCGGGUCUCAGGGGCGGAAGAGCGGCGCUGGUGGAGAGGAUUCGUCAGGUGGUUUCGGAAAUGGAAGAUGGGUUGCCGAUGGACUUGCGAGGGGCGACUUGGCAGGUGCUUUUGAGUGUCGAGGAAGACGCAGAAGGAGACGCGAAACUCGCCGAAGCGAUCAAGGAGACAGCGCUGGACGAACCCAAUCAGAGAGUGAUUCGCAGCGAUGUCGAAAGGACCCGCGCCUCCCUCGCCUUCUACCGUGACGCCGACAGUCGCGCCUGGAUGGAGAAACUCCUGACGAAUUACUGCAAGACUUGCCACAUCAAGUACAAACAGGGUCUCAACGAACUCCUGGCUCCGUUUCUGUACUUGAAGGGCGAAACGUUUUCCGCGGCGAAUGUGUUUCGUUGUUUCCACGCGUUCGUGCGUCGCUUCCUUCCGGGGAUGUUUUGCGACGACGAGUUCACCAGUUUGCAGUGCGCCUUCCAUCUUUUCAAGCAUUUGCUCACGUACCACGACCCGGCGCUCGCGGCCUUUCUCGAGCGACACUAUGUGACUCCUGAGCUGUACGUGACGCCCUGGUUCCUCACCCUCUUCUCCUCCAAGACGAGUCUGCUGGUGCUCUUCGCCCUGUGGGAUAAGUACGUAGCGGAGGGGGAUCCGAACUUCUUCCCCUUCCUCGCCCUCGCGCUGCUGAUUUGUUUCCGCCGGGAGAUCCAGCGAACGGAGGUGUCUCAGCUGCCUGAAACGCUCUCUAAGAUCACCAUUCACUCGGUGGAGCAGCUGCGCGAGCUCUGGGAUCUUGCGAAUGAGCUGAAGGCCCAGACUCCGCUGAGCUUCUCCCACCGCAUGUUCGCCUCGCAGCGCGGCGCCCUCGCCUCGCUGCAGCCUCUCCAGCAGCUCGAAAUGGAGGCUGCGUUCUUCACCUUUCCCGAAGAGGUCUUGAACCACGCUUACGGCCUGAACGGGCGGCCCUCACAAGACGCCAGAGUUGUGUCUCCCCCCUCGUCGACCGCCUCAAAGACCCGAGUCUCCCCCCUCCCUCUCCCGCUCCCUCAUGCACAGGAGAUGAUGCCUGGAGGCGACUCGCCACACGCAGCGUCUUCGUCUUCUCUCGCGGCUUCUGCGUCGACUCCUUUCCGUUCACAUGUGCCUUCUACUCCGUCUGCUCUGUGGGCUUCUGAGGCCGCAGCGAGUUCACUGGCUGCAGAGAAGCUCGGAACCUCGCCGCUUCAGAUGCCGCCGCAGUGGAAGAUGCUUCUGUUGGAUUUGCGGCCGGCAUGGUGUUUCGAGGCGGGGCGCCUGCCCCCGGCGAUUCACAUAGAUUUGCUCGGCGACUGGAGGGCGACGCUCUCUGCUCUACUGGGCGUCUACGACCCUCAGACUCAGCAGGAAGAAGCUGUGUCGUCCCGGGUCUCUUCUUCCCCCUCUUCUCUCCAUCUCCCCGCUGGCCUCCGUCACCUCGCCGGCGGCUUUCGAAGCACCGGAUCUCGACGAUCCUCCAAGGCAAAGCAGUCCUCGCCUUCCGCGUCUUCGUCUUCUUCAUCUCCCGCUGCGUCAUCGGCUGAGCAGAGUCAGGCGAGCGCUCUUUUACAGGCUGGACAUCGAGAAGAUCGAGAGACUCCUCCCCGGCUUCCUGGCGCAAGUUCGCAUUCUGGCGCGAGAGAAGAAGGGGGCAUGCAUGCGCCGCGAGGCGACGGAAGCAGCUGUGGCGACUCGCCGCAUGCGGAGUGGACUGCUGUUGUCGACGGAGAAGGUCGAGGCGGAUCUGUGCACUCUCUUGUCAGCGCCUAUUUGGAGAAGAAGGCAUCCCGGCAGUCGCUCGCGGUGCCUCCCUCCCCUGCGAGUAGCGGACCAACGGCGAAGACCCUGUCGGCUCCGUCCGAGACGAAACGCGAAGACGGGGAGUCGGAUGGGGAGGAGGUUUCCGCGCCAGCUCCUCGAGGCCACCACGCCUCGAAGGUGGAGAAAGGCGGCGCGGCUUCUCGCUUGUUCCUCCGAAGUUUUCGCCGACGCUCGCACCAGGCAGGGGCCUCCCGCACUGCGUCUGGAACCGAGGCCUCGACGGUGUUGUUAGGGCGCGAGUCGGCUGCGAAAGACUUGGAGGUGAAGAGGCAUGAGGGAGACCUGUGUGGAGACAGGAGGCAGGGGGACACUGGCCCCGAGGACCCCUCGGCUGCAGCUCGCGGUUCUUCGUGCGAAAGAAGUCGUGGCAGAUCGGGAGAGCGAGAGGCCUCGAGAGACUUCGGCACUGCGGAACCGAGGUCUCCGGUGCGGCGAUGUAGCGCGAAAGCUCCGCGCCUGUCUCCGCUUCGAGAGGGGACAGUUUCAGGAGCAUUCGAGAGCGACGACGAUGGCCUCUGCGUCUUUUCAGACGAUCCCUCUCUGUAUUGCAAGGGUCACGCAAGACGGCAGUUCUGCCUGCUAGCCAGAACCAACGACACGGGUGCAUGUCUUCUGUCGACUUCGCUUCCAGGGAGGACCGCCCCUGCGCCGGUCUUCUCCCAGGUUCCGCUCCAGGCGCUCGAAGGCGACUGCAUGCAGGGUGGAGCGCGCGGAAGGUUCCCGCCUCCAAAAUCCGACAUUGCGGUCUCUGAAAGCGCGGCGGGGCGGGAGACGCGAUGUGGCGUCGGAGGCGACACACUCGUGGAGCCCAACAGAAAGAAGGGUGAGUGGACGAUCCGUAGGGGGACGGCUGCCGACGGAGAGAAGCGGCGAGUGAACGCGGGAGACAUGGCGGAGAUUCCGGAGAUUGGCAAAGCCGAGGGCUACACGAGCCGUCUUGUCGUCUCGCCCAGAGACGCGUCUCCAGAAGGCGGGUCUGGCUUCCCGUCAGUGGCGCGAGGGGACGAGGAGACAGGCGAGACACGACAGAGGAGACUGCUGCUGGAAAUUGGUGGAGGGGGACAGAACGCGUCGAAAGAGAAGGACCCCGAACAUGCAAAGGACAAGCGUGAGAAGUCCUUGCAUCGUGUCGUAGAACUCGAAUCUGACUCUGCUCCCUCUCUCGCUACUCUCCCUGUCUCCUUCCGCGGUCGCCUGGCUUCGGACGUGGGCGAAUUGCCGAAGGCGAGCCAUUUGACGGCCGCGAGCGCCUCGAUGGCGGGCUCCUUUCUCGAGUUCCCUGGGCGAUCCUCUGGAGUCCGAACGCAUCUGCGGCGACGGCGGUGUCGCAUGGCCUCUCGUCUCCCGCGGCUCCCGCACUCUGGCGACUGGAACACUCUGGAAAAGCUCUGCUUCGCGGAAUGGGCUCCGCCAUUCGGAUUCGACCAGGUUCUGCCGAGACUCUGUCUGUCUGAUGGGGAGAGUCCGUUGCCGGGAGGAGGGGCAGGCGGGGACGGUGUCCUGUCUUUCUCGGCCUCGCGCUUCUUGCGGCCUCUCUCGGCGCGCAGCCGGGGCGGGAAGAACGCGAAAGGCUCUGAGUCGAGGGAGAGUUCGGUUUUUGUGCCCGUGACAAAUGCGCCCGAUGCGGCUUCUGGGGAUUGCUCGGAGGGGCAAAAGGGAAGGACGCCAAGUUCAGGAACGCGGGCGUCCUCUCUCCGACGCGAAGGCGACGACGCACCUGUCGGGGGCGGCACCGAGUCUGUGGUAGCUUCUCUCCUAGCUUCGCGCUUCCCUGCGGUGGAUGCGAGAGAGACGGAGGAGACGCAUGCCUUGGAGGAGGAGGAAGAAGAGGCUUUGUCGACCCUGCCGUCUCCGGCUCGAGGCACGCAGGGUAGAGAGGGAGACAACACCCCCACAUCCGUCCUUGUCUCUUCGUUUUUGGUUGGGAGAAGCACAGAAACGGCCAAACUGUUCUACAGUCGAGCCCUGAGUCUGGAGGAAAACACAGAGGCUUUCCGACAAGAGAAGGUCCAGCUGCCUACGCACCAUGCCUGCCUCAUCACGUCCGACGAGACGAGCUACGAAGAAGCUCUCGAAGUAUAUCGCGUCCUCACACAGGAAAUGGGAGUCCGGUGGGUGAGCAUCGUCAAGGGCGGCUACCGUGCCUGCCACGACGUCGCUGUUCGCGAGGGCCUCGAGUUGGUCGAUCACAAUCCGGUGGUGUGCCCCCUUUGCACGGACGCAGUUAGUCCGGAAAGUGAAUGCAGUCGGCGCGGCUCGCUCUUCAGUCGCUCGUCGUCGCCAGCGGCGGGGGCGAGUGCCCCUGCUCCGGCCCGCUUGGGCAAGGUUGCCCAAACACCGCCCCGCGUUUCGGCGAGCUCUGGGGAGCGCGCUCAAAGCAUGCUGGCAGGUCAGACCCGACCCUCUGAGAAGGCCUCUGCGAUGAAGCGAACAGGCUCAUCCUUUUCUUUUCUGCCGCUGAAGAGCCUCUCGACUUCUCCGCGCGCUUCCCUGCUCUCCUCCCACCACGGCUCUGACGCCGGCCUCGCGUUCUUCGGCGGCAAGGGCCCCGCUGGCGCCCACAGCUCUGUCGGGUUCCCCGCGGACCUGUCUGGGGUGCCGUCUCCUGGGCCGUCCGCUGUCUCCGCUGCUGGCGCUGGACUGUCCGGAGAGGAAGAGCCGGGCAAGGGAGGAGGGUCUCUCGCCGCGUCUCCGUUCUCCGACGGCGCAUCUCCAAGUGGAGACUCCGCCGUCUCGCCGUGCGGCGCCUCUGCAGACUCGGGGUCUCGCAACUUAGCGCCUUCGGAGAGACACGCUGGAGCCGGGCCCUGUGGGCGAGAAAGAGACACACGCCACCUCUCGGUCCCCUCGCCCUCUGGCCAGGGAACGAGCAUGCCGUUCAGCAUCAUGGGGGCCUGGCGACGGUUCUCUGCAACGAGCCGCAGUCCCCGGAUCGGCGGCCUGGGCUCUGGGGGCGAGGCCGCCGGCUCGGGUCCGCGAGGUGGGCGAACCGGGCCUGUCUCUUCGGUCGCCAUGGCACAGACCGGCGCGUCGGAGCGAAAGGCGAACAGCGACGCCCAGGCUGUUGUGGGGAUCCGUGGCGUCUUCCCCCAGCGGGGUGGAAGAGACAGCCCCGGCGAACCGUGUGAGGCCGUGGGGUUCGUCUGUCCGUACCACACCGAGGGGACACCUGUCUCUGCCUUUGGCCCCGGCCAGGGGGUCUCGCCGGGCUUCACUCCCCACAGCUUAAGUGCCCCCGCGAGCUUCGCGUCCUUCCCGACGGGAGGAACAGCUGUCAGCUCUGCAGGCAGUCACGCGACUGGGUACCAGCCCUCGCCGAAUCUCCCCGUCGGCGACGUCUGUCUCCUCUUUCCGCCGUACUGUCCCCACUGCCAUGGGGUUUUGUCUGUGCCUUUCGCGGCGUCUGGAGCGGCUUCCGCGUCCUCUCUCGCUGGCGCCUCGCGCGCGGGCGUUUCUCCCGGGAACUCCGGAGCUGGCGACUUCACCUUCUCUCCUUUCUCUCUCCCCUUCGCCUCACCGACUGAAGUCUUGUGCUGCUGCGUCAGCUGUGGAACGACCGUCUCGCCCUGCUGCUUCGAACCUGUGGGGCCUGCAGGCCUCGGGGUCCCGAGGUCCGAGGGAGCGCGCGCUUCAGCCCCUUCGCAAGAGGCGAAACGCGAAAAGGAGACUGCACAGCCAGGCUCUUCGGCCCCACACACAGCCAGAGAGGAAAUGUCGGGUCGGCCUGCGGUGCCUCCAGGUGCACCAGCGCGAAGCGGCACCCUCGCGCACAUUCCUGCGCUUCCCGUCGGUCUGUAUCUCCUCAACUGGAGAGACUUGUUGACUUCCCAGUUCACGGAGCAGCUCCGGUGUUUCCACUGCUUCAUCGAGGGGAUCUUCCAGCCCUCUGCCGAGCUGGUCGUGGAGGCUCGCCAGGCUCGACGGCGCGCCUUGCGAGCGGGGGGCCUUCUCGCGCUUCCCUCGGCUGAGAAAGAGGAGGGGAGCGAGAGGAGGACGAGACGCAAGGGCAGUAAGAAGGAAGAGGGCAGUGAAGGAGAUGGGGACAGCCAAGGGUCUGAAUCUGAAGAACGGUACGCUUUUUGCUCCAUCGCUCCUCGAGAAUCUGCGUGUAAAGACGAAAGAAAAUCUCGUUCGUUUUCGGCGUCUUCUGAAGGCUCGUCGCCCUCGUCUGCGCGCGCGGGCGGCUCCCGCCACUUUGGCUCUUUGGCCUUCGCCGGGAACACCGGAGACUCCCAGCCGGCCUCGCCUGCCUCCCCGAAGAAAAGCCGACGCAGUUUCCUCAGUGUUUUCCAAACUAGCUCUCCAGAGUCUGCUCUCCACAGUCCUUCUUCACAUGCGUCUUCUGCGUCCCCUGGGGGCUCUUCCAGUGGGAGAACUCGCCAGUCUUCGACGAUCGGUUCGCUUCCUACUCGGAGCCUGUCUGUGGCGUCUUCGGUGGCGGGCCAGUUCGUGGCUGCGGGCCUCGGAGAGGGCUACACGUAUCUUCGAGACUGGCAAAUGAAUCGACCUACGCUCGAGAGCUGUCGCAUUCUCGUCACACCCAGGCGGCUCCUUCUGGUCAGCGCGCCGGAGCCACUGCUCGUCAGGCGACAGCGCGUAGUCGGCGGCGACAGAGCCUUCUGCGCCGAAUCGCUCGCACAGCAGACGGGGGGAAACCGAGAAAAGACCAGCCAACGAGAAGGCAAAGAAGAGGGAAAGGAAGGAGCAGACAGAACUGAAGAAGGUGAGACGGAGAAAGAAAACGAGGAGAGAGAACGACAAGAAGAUGAAGAGGAGACGGAAUCUGAGUCAGAAGAUAUGCAAGCAUUUCUGGGGCUUCUUGCGGGAGGAAACCGCGUGAUAGAAGGACGCGAUGUGGAGGAAUUCUGUGGCCUUGUUCCCAAGCUGCAGCCGAUAAAGCCGACGGGAGAGGAAGGCGAGAAGCAGAGUCCGGAGUCUCUGCACGGCGAAGGCGCCGCAAAGAGCAGAACGCGAGAGGAGGCGAUGGCGCGGGGGCCUGGACUGGAGACAUGGCGAAGAAACAGCGAGCAGACAGAGCCGCACUUGGAAGAGGUUGUGCAGGUCUACGCGUCUUUCGAACUCUCAGAGAUCUUGAAAAUCACCAGCAAGAAGAACAACUCGAAGCUCCUCUGCUUCUACUUCAACGCCAACAAGACGCAGCCGCUGAUGGUCCUGAGAUUCGAAAGUUCUCCGGCAGCUCAUGACUGCAUCGGUCAUGUGAGAGGUCUGUAUCGCCUUCUGAAGACUCAGCGGCCGCCCCAGCAGACAAAGUGAUUUUUCGCGAGGAAAGUGGAAAGUGUCAGCGUUUGUCGCAGUCAGUCCGGAAACGAAGUCGCGGAAGGCGGCGUUUCUUUCCUUGGGUCUGUCAUAAAAAGCUGGAUUUUUUGGGAGGGGCAUUGGCUCGUGGGAAAGCACUUUCUCGUGGAACACCAAUGUUUUCUCCAGGCUGCAGAGGGAUGGCGGUGGCUUCACAGGCGAGGAGCAAGCGCGGAGUGAACCGCGUAGCAACGGUUCAGCGUGGACCUGUCUCUGCUCCCUCCUGCGCAGGAUAGACUCCUGCGCAAUUGAGCGAAUUCAACGCAGAGCGCCGAAGGAAAAUGGAGGCGCCGUUGCGUGUCUGCAGCUUCGUAACGCGUCCGCGGUGCAUCUUUAUCGUGGAAGGUCCAGAAAUCUUCUCUCAAAUGUGACGGGAUCACAACAGAAGGUAGAAGUGGAACGGGCUCUGAUUGCCUGUCUACAUACUUGUAAAGCACAUGAAUGACGCACGUUGAUGCACAUGUGUAAGCGAAUGCAUCUACAUGCAUACACGCAUACAUAUAUAUGUCUUUAUUUAUAUAUGUGUGUAAAGCAACGCAGGGUAUGAAAGUGGGGACGUUUUGUCUACGUUUCUUGUGCGGAGAGAAGCAUUGUCUCCGUUUUUUUCUCUAGGGGCGAGAGAAGCCUCGAGACGAAAUCUGGCGCUCACACAGGGCGCCCGAAUGUGUCUGGGCGUCAAAGGGAGGCAGCGCCCCCGCUAGGAUCCCCUGGUCCGCGAUCUUCAACGUUGGUCUCCAACGUUUUUCUUUUUUCGAAAAUGGAAAGACGGAAGUAGACGCAGAUUGAAGCGAGCGGGAGGUGCGAGAUGUGCGGUCCAAAAAGUCUACAAAAGAGAAUCUUGACGGCACCUUCUCGAGCUGGCUGAGAAUGCAUUGUAUGUGCAGAGAGGACUGGGGCUUUGAUCGGCUUUGCUCCUGGCCAAAAGUGCGUGAACCGGCUCCGCUCGCCACCUACGUUUCUUAUAUAUAGAUUAUAAAUGUGUACAUGAUCUCUCUGCAUGCAUCUGCCGAAAACGGGCGCCUAGCUUUCCGUCUCUGUGGGUUCACUUUCGUCCACUUUUGAGCUUGUACAGAUAUCUCCAUUAAGGCUUCUUCUCGUAAACAAACUCAGGAGCGCCGCACCUGGCGCUCUAGGAGAGGCAAAAGGGCAGCCAAUGGUCCAGAAACCGUCCCAGUCGCCUCUGAACGC